CCUGAAAAUCAAAGCGGGAAACCCCGAAACGUCGACAUUCUAUGGCCGCCAUGACAGAAGGGGAGGUUAUAGAAAACUAUAUUUUGGAUGUUUAUUGUGACGGCAUUUGAGAGUAUUGUGUUGCUUCUACGGACCUGAAAUUCACCAGGUAUAUACAAUAGUGCAACAUAGAAGUAUCGAUGUUAUUGGAAAGUGAAAAUUAGUCACAUUUUGGUCACUAUAGGGGUAUUGGCAGACGAGUGUAUCGACAGAAGUGAAAUUUGUUUUUCCCUCCACUGACCUGUCAGGUCUUCCUCUGUGACGAGAGGAGCUUGGGUACCUGGUCAUCGCAGGUGGCACCAUACCUACCCGCGGCCAUGGUGGCUGUGGCUAGGAAGAAGUGUACCCGUAUUUCCCCACAUCGAUUACGCCGGCUUGUAAUGCGGACGACAUGAACACACCAUUGGAGGGGGUUGCUCCGACCAACGGUACCAGGGAUAGCAUGGCCGCCGGAUCAGACCCAGAGUCUGUGGAAGCUCCAGUAGCACCAGGUGAUUCCAACUCCUGUCAGCAGACAACCAACCAAACCACUACCACUGCUUCAAGUACAGCUCACCACAGCUACCUGGGCCUGCCCUACCAGGAUCACAACUACGGUGCCCCUCCUCCCCCCUCCCCACCCCCAUCUCCACAAGCCAUCACUAGGAUCAACGGGGUAGUGGAUGAGAACUCUUCAAACACCAAUGUAUCGUCCACGGUUACUGCUGAUGAGGACACCUGUGCAGACGAUGAUGCUGGCAUAACUCGUUGUAUUUGCAACUUCGACCACGACGAUGGCUAUAUGAUCUGUUGUGACAAGUGCAGUGUCUGGCAGCACAUUGACUGCAUGGGAAUCAGCAGAGACAGAAUCCCAGAGACCUACCUCUGCGAACGGUGUGAACCAAGGGACGUGGACCGACAGAGAGCUGUGGAGAUACAGACCAGGAAGAGGAUAGAAAUGACAGAUGAUGACACGAGCGGGACGGAGAGCGGGGAUGAGAUGCUGACCUAUAGGGCGGUGUCACACACACCAACCAGUGUGACCAUUACCACCAAGCCCACCAAGAAAGUCAAGAAACGAAAACGGGAGAAAAGCGGCGAGAAAGACCAUGAGGGCAGGAAAAAGAAAGUCAAGACAUGCCGUGAUCCCACAAGGAGAGCAUCCAAACCAAAGGUACACCGCACGCCAAACGGCUUCAACUCCCUGAAUAAUGAAGAUGCCAACGAACCCUGGGACUACAGCCCCGAUGACAGUGACGUCUACCAAGAGGCCAUUUCCAACCAGUACACCCCAGAUUUGGCCUCUUUCCUGAAGACCAGACAGUACACUGAGGAGGUGAGCUGUUGUGUCAGGGCCUUGCGGGAUCUCCAUGACAACCAGCCCAUCCUGGAAUACAGGGGGAAGGUCAUGACCAGGCAGGAGUUCCAGGAUCCCUUCUUCAAGAGGCCACACCCCCAUGUACUGUUCUACCCUGUAAAUGGCUUGGAAAUUUGCGUGGAUGCGCGGAGCUUUGGCAAUGCUGCCAGGUACAUCCGGCGGUCCUGUUCACCAAACGCAGAGGUCCGACAUGUGCUGUUGGAAGGCAUGAUCCACCUGUGUGUGUACUCUCUGGAGGAGAUCAUGAAGGGAACGGAAAUAACCAUCGGGUUCGACUACGACUUCGACACCUGUCCCUGUGAAGUGGAGUGCGCCUGCCAAAGGGAAAGCUGCCCUGUGGCAAAAAGUAAUGCCAGGAAACAAGAACUUCUAAAGCAAAAGAGGAAAAGGAACAAAUCCGGCCAGCAGUCUGGUGGAGACAGUGAGUCCAGCACCGGGCGACAGAGAAAGGUUUCUCCGCUCCGAGUCUCCCUCAACCACAACGCCUCAACGAACCACAUGACCUCCGAUGGCGAGGAUGAGAGCAAAGAUGUGGAUGUAGAAACUGAGGAGGCUGCUGAGGAAAGAAGAAGAAAGAUGACACGUGAAGAGCGGAAGUUGGAGGCUGUGAUGAGAACGUUUGAGCGGAUGGAAAAGCGUGCAGCGCGCAGUAGGGCCGCCCAUGCAAGGAUCGAGAAACAGAAGCAAACCAAGGUCACUCCUAAUGAGAACAAGGAAGGAGAAGAGUCCAUGUCCAAGGACAUGGAGGAUCUUCCCAAACAGACUGCCACGCCUCACAGACAGAUCAGAAAGAGACGUCGUAGUCAGAGCCGACGGAAUCACGCGGCCAGGGGGAGGCAGCGCCUGAACAGCACCUGCAGCUCGGACAUGCCCAUGUCACCCAUCACAGAAACAGCCGCAAACACAGAAGUCGUCACUACCGAGAUAGAGCUGAAGCUGAGUGCACCAACCACUCCAGUGUCUGCCCUGUCCCCUUCCAUUCCAUCACCGUCAAUGGCCCAGGAACUCACUGUUUCUACAGUCUCUAGUGUCAAUGUUGUCCCACAGCCAUCACCUGCUGCGUUGGGCAAGGGCUUCAAGUUUCCUAAAACCAAGAAGUUCUUUGUGAAUGAGUGGCUGAAUGAGAAGGCUAACGAGCAAUCAGCCCACAAGCCACUUUUGAUCAAGACAGAGCCCUCAGACUUCAGCACAGGGACCACCACAUGUCCAAGUGUCUCUACAUAUACCCGUAGCACCAGCAUGACGGCGCGCAGCCCCGGACCAGCCUACGUGCUCCGGCCUGGCCACAACGUGCCAGCCAGCGCAACCAAGACCAGGCAGAGACCUAGCUUGGAUUCAAGUUUUGGCUCAGCUAAAAAGCGUUGGCUGCGGCAGGCGAUGAGUGAAGGUAGCAGCAAUGGCCCCAGUAGUGGCUGUAACUCCCCAGCUCCCAGUGGUGGCUCCCUCAGCCCUGGUCUCACAGGCAUGAACGGCCCAGACAGUCCACAGUGUGUGUCACCAACUGGCAGCAUCUCAUCAUUAUCAGGGAAGGAAACAGGAGGAGAACUGAUGACUCCACUGAAGAAGAGACGGCUGAGAGUGUCCAUCUCUGGCGAGGGGAGCAUGUCUCCCAUGCCGAUGACUCCUCCACCGUCCGCAGGGGAGACGGACUGUGCUGCCAAACAGGGACCCAGGCCAAAGAUCGUGAUCAAUGAUGCCAUGAGGAACGGGUUCAAACCCUUGUACUCACCCGUCACUCCCGUCACACCAGGCACCCCACAGUUUGAGAACAUCUCCUCACCUGAAAACUCCCCUGCUCAUGACCAUGACUUAAACAAUGACUCUAACCCACCUCAGUACUAUGCCUUCCAGGUGGUACUUUCUAAGCAGGCCUCCGUGGACAGCCUGUCUUCUUUGGCAUCAAGUGUAACCUCGGCAUCCGGCAUGGAUAGACUACAGAAGUCAGGUUCUGAAACUAGCCUGCUGCGUGCCCGCAUGUCCAGCUUGGACCUUAAACAUGAGGGCAGAGAAAGCUGUGUGCAUGGAGACUCCUCCAGAGACUUAAUGCCACGGGAGGAAGAGAAGGAAGUAGAGGAAAAUUCCACGGCUAUCUCGGAGUAUUCUGAACCAGCCAACAUUCCAAUGGAAUGUGACCCUUCAGGGAGGGAAAGGACAGACUUGUCCAGCUCGUUGUCUGAGUCACAGGUUUCCAUGCAAACUCUGCAAAACUCUUGUUCAUCUCUGAACGAUUCCCAUGCCUCAAGCCUUAGCUUGAGUGGCAGCCUGUAUCAAAGGACCUUGUCAGAAAGGCUUGAUACAAGGACUGACUCCCAGAGAGAUGGAGACCCAAGACCCAGGUAUUCUUCUCCCUUCAAAAAGGAAAUGGCUUCCCCAGAGUUCCAUAGGUCGUUGUCAGAUGGCACCUUGCUCCAGGACGAGCGGAAACCAGAAUAUGAGAGUAGACCAGGACAGAGGUCGAGUGACUUAGAGGCAACAAGAUCUAUUAACUGCUAUGGAGAGCCUAAAGUGGUUGCAAAUGAGGAGAGAACUAUUCCAAGUGGAGGAGACUUUCUCAGACAGGAUAGUGUGUCCCUGAGCUCAUCGUUGCCAAGUCUGUAUGCAGGGAGAAGUGAAGAGCCCAUUGGCUCAGCACCGACCACCCCAGUAAGUCUGGGGCCAGGACCAGUGGUCCAUGAAGAUGGAGGCUCCAAACCAAUUGCAAAGAGAAAGGUGUCAUUGUUGGAGUACCGCAAGAGGAAGCAGCAAGGACAGAAAGAUGGCAACUCCAGUGCCAAUAGUAGUGCAGCCUCUACACCCACUAAACUAGCUCCGGACAGCGCACCCUCCACCCCUAUCAAGAACCCAAUGAUGUCCCCACUCUCCACAAUGCCAUCAUAUGAACACACAGUGGAGGCAGAAUGCAAGGACAAGGAGAAAGAUCGGAAGGCAGUGGAUGAUCUAGUCAAGCGCUGGUCUGUACAUUACAUGAGAUUGCAAAGGAGUACUCCCACCUCUGUGGAGAGGAUACGUGAGGAGGACCCACUGCAAAGGUUUAGACGAGAACUCAAGCAGAGCACUGAGAGAGGCAUGGAGAAGAAAGACAAGGACAGGAAGGAGAAGGAGCCAGGACAUGUAUAUAGUCGCUCAGUGUCUGUGGACAGUAGCCACUCUCCAGUCCGGUCCCAUUCCCCAGCCCCUCCACCACCACCGUCCAGCAAGCACACCCCUCCUCCCCCUCCCAGCAAGCGCAGGACACCACCCCCACCCCCUCCUCCCAUCAAAAAUGGCCCUGACGCCAGAUACAACCAUGAUAAGCUUUCAGAGGGAGAGACCAAGGAUCCCCGCUCCUAUGUGAAGAGCCCAGUAGCGAGCAGCCCUGUGCAGGCUGGUGCUUCUCCUUCCCUGAGUAGAUACAACCCUAGACAGGAGUUCAGGAGUCCCAGUGCACAGCAGCAGCAGCAGCCCCAGCCCAUCCCCACCACGUACCCCGCCCAGCCGCGCUCCAGCUCCUACAACCCUCCAGCUGCUGGAACACCAGGUUACCAAGAGCAGCCUCCGGCACCGCCUCAGCAGCAACAACAACAACAACAACAGCAGCAGCAGCAGAGCUACUACAGCCGCCCCCCGCCACAGCAGUACCACGCCACCUCUGCCCCCUCAGGGACAACCUAUCCCCCCGCCCCCCAGCAGACAUACACGUCCUACCAGCAGCAGUACCCUUCACAGUACCAGCAGCCCCAGACGUACCCACAGUACUCCGCACAGGCCCAGUCUGCACAGGGCAGCCAGUAUUACACUCAGCAGGCAUACAGUGGAGAAUACCAUCAACAGCAAGCUACUCCCUCUGGGGCCUACGGACAUAACCCCAUUGGCAGGGCACCCACCCCGCCUCCCCCUCGCCCCCCGUACCCACAGUCCUACUCUGCCAGUAGUUCCUACUACCGACAGUAACCGCUUUGUACAUUGACCAGAUUGCUUGUGUUAUUUUCUCGACUUCAGUGUCAGUAUGUCUGCCUCCUUUAUGCCUACCAUCUGAAAGUCUGUUGUAUAUAUACAAUACUGUCUGUAUCCUUCCUGCACAGUAACUGUCAGAUAAGCUUGUAAACUUGAGCCUCUCUGUCCAGCCUGUCUACAGUUUUGGAUCUGUCAAUGUUGUGAGUGUAUAGUAUUGUAAAAAUGAUCUCAAAAAAUAAUUCAGGUGUAUAGUAACUGCUUACAGUAAUUACCAACUUGUGAAAUGCAUUGUUUUUAAGGUUCUUUGGAGUACUUUGCAAAUUUUAUCAUAUUGUGGCUGAUGGCCCCAGUGUUAUUGAUUGCAUUUGACCCAUGCAAGAUUAAAUACAUGAAGAACUCUGAAUAUCAGAGUUACCUUACCCCCCAAAAGAUGAUAACUCUGUUCUGAUAACUCUUGUUCUUAUUUGAGGAUGUUCUACGAAGUAGAUGACUGACUGUCACUCAGUAAAUGUACAAGCUGUGUACUCUGUAGAGGUAUUUUCAUGUUACUAGUCUUUGAGCUUGGAACUGCUACAGUUAUACCUUGUACUAGAAAAACAAAAGAUUGUAAGAUUGAAGGUUAAACUGUUAAACUUGUAUAGACAACUGUAUACUUUGUUCCAACAAAGUAAACCAUGCUUCACGUUCUGACAUUUUGUUUCUAACAUUCCAUCAGUUGAUGUAACUAGAUUUACUCCUUCCCAUGUCAGACAUAGCGUGAAGGUCUACUCUAGACAAGAGUAACAUGUGUGCUAGUGGUAUUGUUCGUAGGAUGUUUUUGCCUUCUACGUUUGGUUCUGUUUGUUUUGCAUUGCUUAGCAUUGUGGUAGGUAGUAGUGGCAGAAGAUUUGUUUUCUGGUAGGUGGGGGGAAACUCAACAAGAAAUAUCCUAACACUUUAUUUCCGUUGCAAAUAAUUGGAAAAAGUCUUGUACCCCAUCCUUCUCUGAGUGAGUACCAGUAAAAUGUAUGUUUCUUCAGGUUUAAGUCUUCUUGCUAAUUCUGGUGUAAAAAUGGUCAAAAAGGUGUAUACCUGCUCCAUAGUAAAACUGUUCUAUUGUACAUGUACAAUUGUUGUUGUCUACUAUGUGUAUAAAAUUCCCAUAGGAUGAAAAUGUAAAGGAGAUAUUUUUGAUAGUACAUGGGUUCACCUGUAAUAUGGUUUAAAAAAAGAAUAAUGUAAUGAUUUGUCUACAUUGUAGAAAGCUUUAGAUGGCAUUUGGAGGCAGUUUUAGUAGUACCCCAUGGUGUAGUGUUCUAUGUAGUCUGUUCUAUAGGAACCAAGUGCAUGAUUUUAGCCUGAAUGCUGUACAGAGAGUAACCCAGUUUUUUUUUUCGGCACCAUCUUGGCUGUAUAUUAGCGCCUGGCUUUCUAAUGGAAGACUUUGUGUACAAAUAAAAUCUGCCCGGGAAAUGGU